AUGGAGCCAUAUAAUUUAACAGGGACCUUGGAAUUCCUCCUCCUUGGACUCUCAGAUGAUCCUGAACUGCAGCCCAUCUUAUUUGUACUAUUCCUGCUCAUAUACCUGCUCACAGUGCUUGGAAAUAUGUUCAUCAUCCUGGCCAUCAGCUCUGAUUCCCACCUCCACAGCCCCAUGUAUUUCUUCCUCUACAAUCUUUCCUUGUCUGACAUGGGCUUCAGCAGCACCACAGUCCCCAAAAUGUUGAUAAACAUGCAGACCCAUAGCAAAACUAUAACUUACGCAGCCUGCCUAAGUCAGGUGUCCUUCUUCUUUCUCUUUGUGUAUGACAACCUACUGCUGACUGUGAUGGCGUAUGACCGAUGGGUAGCCAUUUGUCACCCUCUACACUACCAAGUCAUCCUGAAUCCUGGUCUGUGUAGACGUUUGGUCCUGGUGUCAUUUUUCUUUAGUCUUGUGGAUUCACAGGUACACUGGUUGAUGGUGUCACAACUAACAUUUUGCACUAAUAAAGAAAUCCCUCAUUUCUUCUGUGAUGUUCCAGCGCUUCUAAAACUUGCCUGUUCUGAUACCUCUACCAAUAACAUAGUCAUAUUUAUUAUAGGUAUCAUUGGUGGUUUUCUCCCUGUCUCAGGAAUCUUUUACUCCUACUAUAAAAUUAUUUCCUCCAUUUUUAGAGUUCCAUCAUUGCAUGGGAAAUAUAAAGCCUUUUCUACCUGUGGAUCACACCUGUCAGUUGUUUGCUUAUUUUAUGGAACAGGCCUUGGUGUGUACCUUAGUUCAUCUGUUUCUAGUUCUUCCAGAGAAUGUAUGGUGGCUUCAAUAAUGUAUACCGUGUUAGUUCCCAUGAUUAACCCCUUCAUCUACAGUCUGAGAAAUAGAGACAUCAAGAAAGCCCUCCAGAAAAUAGUCAAAAUAACCUAA